AUGAGUGACAGGGAGGCAGUCCAGGCCCAUGUCCUUCUGUCAUCACAGGGCCACCAGACAGCUCUCCACCGAGCAGCCAUGGUGGGGAACAGUGAUAUCAUAGACGGACUCAUCAAGGGAGGCUGCGCUCUAGACCUGCAGGACAAGGACGGCAACACGGCGCUCCAUGAGGUCUCAUGGCAUGGCUUCUGUCAGUCAGUCAAACUGUUGGUCAAGGCUGGAGCUGACGUUCACGCCAGGAACAAGGCAGGAAACACAGCUCUCCACCUGGCCUGUCAGAAUGCCAAUGCUCAGAGCGCCCACGUGCUGCUGCUGGGAGGCUCCAGACCAGACAUCAAGAACAAUGUGGGGGACACCUGUUUGCAUGUGGCAGCACGCUACAAUCACCUGGCCAUGAUCAAGAUUCUGGUGGGCGCCUUAUGCUCUGUUACGGAGAAAAACCAGCUAGGGGACACUGCUCUCCAUGUGGCGGCUGCCCUAAACCACAAGAAAACUGUUCAGCUCCUCCUGGAGGCAGGGACUGACGGCAACGCACGAAACAUCGCAGGGAAGACUGCCCUGGACAAGGCCAGAGACUACAACCACAAAGAUGUGUCUCUCCUGCUGGCCAGAGCUCCUCAGGUUCACUGUUUCACUAGAGAAAGGACAGUGAGGAAGAAAAGGGACCGGCUGAAAGCAGAACGCAGAACACAGUCUGUCACUAGAGAAGAAAUUCUGCCCAACAAGGUAAAGGCUGUCUGGGGGUAAAAUUAGGCGGACAGUGGGUACAUGGCUGAGGCGCCUCACGGUAGUGAGCGUAGGGCCAGCAGAGCAGGGCUGCCUCACCAUCAUCACCACCGCCUUCACUACAGUAAAACAUCAGUCACCCCAACCAGCCCUUACCACAGAAGGAGAAGACAUAAGCUUUUCAAAGAACAGGCCUUGGCAGAGGAUACUCCGAAAAGAAGAAUGAAUUGCCAUCCCGAACUCCACAGGAAGAGCAGACUGUGUACACAUGAUGAAGCCCCUCCGCCUCACAACGGAAAAACCUAUCAGCUAUACACCCUGUACCGCGACAAGGACGGCAAUGUCAAACAGGCCCCAGCCAAUGGCUGCCACUGUAAGCCCCUGAUCAAGAGGCUAGAGGGAGAGCUGAACGCCACUAAAGAGGAGAUGAGGACACAGAUGCUGACGGUUCGGGAGCAAGUCUAUACUAGGCUUGGGAGGAUGGACCGCAAGAGCACACACCAGCAGGCAGCAGCAACCCAGGAGUUGAAGAGGUGGUGCAUGACUCAGAUCCAGGAUAUGGACCUCCACCUCCCAGCCCGCCCCCAGUACUACAAGCUGCUCCCCUCACCGUCUGUGGGGGACGAUGGAGACUCAGAGUGCCUCCCCCUGCUCUCUGUCUUCUCUGGGGACAGCAGCAGCUCUCUGGCUAACUACGUCAACCUGCUGUCAUGCCCUUCACCCUCGCCUUCAAUCACCCACAAUGCACCACACAGUCCGGCAAUGGAGCAGGGCCAGGGGUCGGGCAGGAAGUACUUUGAGCUGAAGCUGGACAGAUCACCAGCUCCAUUUCUCGUUCCUCCCUUCUCAGAUGACGACCAGAACACUACUCCUCUCCCUCUGCUAGCUCACCGCCAUCACCCAGGAAUCCCCCUGAGCUCUACCGCCACCCGGUGUCAGCAUCCAGAACUGCUCUCCAAUCACAUUCCGGGGCUGAUCUGGGAUGGCUGCUCCAGCAGCAGCCAGUCUCCCACCGGCAACUGGAAGCAGGGCCGGGGCCAGGACAGCCAUGGCUGGCACCACAAGAAGCACCUCCGGGACCGGAUCAGGACGCGCGGCCUGAUGAGACCACCCAGUGUCGGGACCAGGACCCUAGAGUUCUUCAUUGACAGACCCCCUGAGCCCACAUUCAGUCAGGAGAGAAACAACCUACACGCCAUGGAGGUGACCCAGAGGUUCUUUGAGACAGUGUCCACUCAGCUGGAGUGCUGGUAUGAGAGGAAGAUCCAGGAUGCCAAGCGGCAGGCAGAGCUCAGGGCACAGCAGGACAGGGCCGAACUCCUGCAGCGAAUAGGAAGCCUGGAGGAGGAGCUUGAACAGCUCAGGAUGACCAAUGGGAGCACAGACAGUUGAUGCCAACCGGGCUGACAUCAUGAGUUUGAGCAGAGGAAGAGAUGAAGCGAGAGGGUUUACAUUGCCCAAAAUCUGUCCACGAAAAUAAGACCGCAAAGUGAGGAAUCUUUUAUGGAGGACAAUGAGUCGAAUUUGGAUAAGAAAAACUUGAAUUGCUUACUUGAUCAAAUCAAAGUUUCAAAAUGGUUAGGUUGUUAUGAAUGCAUUGAUGUAAGUGAACGCAUGUGGCAUUUCGGAAACCUAAAAAAAAUCAAACUUAAUCUGAGUUGUGCCUUUUGUUCACAAGUGUAUCUGCCCUCUCAUUGGCUAGAAUAGUCCCACCUGAUCUCGACUCCUUUGGCCUGCCUUCCAUCAAAGACAAUACAG